AUGCCUCCGGUGGAUAUGGCAGGUGCCCCUGGCCCCCAGUCAGGUGGGGGCUCAAUUCCUUUGGCGACUUUGAUUGAUUAUAGCCUUCAGAGAACACAUCAUGAGCUAAUUGUUUUAUCAGAACUUUUACCAAGAAAAACUGACAUGGAAAGAAAAAUUGAAAUAUUCCAAUUUGCUAGCAGAACAAGACAAUUGUUUGUGAGGCUAUUAGCAUUAGUGAAAUGGGCAACAAGUGCAACAAAAGUGGACAAGUGCACUGAAAUUUGUAACUUUUUAGAACAACAAUCUAUGUUUUUCGUUGAUACUGCCGAUAGUUUAGCAAGACUUGCUCGGGACACUUUGAGUAAUGCAAGAUUGCCCAGUUUCUCUCUACCAAGUGCUAUAGAUGUUUUGACAACAGGAACGUAUCCACGUCUGCCUACAUGUAUUAGAGAGAAGAUUGUUCCACCAGAUCCAAUCACACCUCAAGAAAAGAAAGAAACACUUCACAGACUAGAUCAAGUAAUUCAGUACAGACUUGUUUCAACUGAUUUGCCUCCACAAAUGAGAAAAUUGAACAUUGCACAAGGCAGAGUAAAAUUUACUGUUGACCACGAGUUUGAAGUAACUUUAACAUUGAUGGGAGAUAGUCCGACUAUUCCGUGGCGUUUAUUAGAUAUUGAUAUUCUGGUAGAAGAUCAUGAAACUGGUGAUGGAAAAUCUCUUGUUCAUCCUUUACAGGUCAACUACAUUCAUAAACUGGUACAAACAAGAUUAUUAGAUAAUGAUAAACCACUUCAUGAUUUAUACAGAGUUCUUCAUUCAUUUAGUCAAGCCUUACAACUAGAAGUGUUAAAUUCUCAAACACAGAGAUUGAUAAGAGCUCGUCUUGGUGACAAUGUUAGAGUUGAAGAAUAUACUCUAAGCCGACGUUUACUUAUUUCAUAUUGGAGAGAACUGUCUAAAAACUGUAAAAAUGCAGACCCAGUUAUCUAUAAACUCAGUGUUCAUGUUUGUGAAUCUGAUGAUGGCAAGCCACUACAGAUUACUCAUUUUCCUCCUAUGUCUCCAGCUGAAUGUACUAAAGUUGGGUUAGCAAUCAAAAGUGACCAAUUAUCAAUUGAAAAAUUAUUAAUGCAAACAAUUGAAGUUCGAACGCAUGCCAAGUUACGUGAACUAUCUAAAGAAAUGCAAAGGUAUGUCUCUAAUAAAUGUGAAAUUAGAGAUAUGCCAGCAGCACUUCAUACACCGGUUUUGAACCCUUGCAUGCCAUCAGAAGUUUUACGCAUUGCUAUAGAUGUUCUGCGUGGCACUUAUAUAACUUCUGUUCCGGCUUAUGAUAAUCCUUGUAUUAAAGAUGUAGAGGAUUGUUUUAACAAUGAUAAAAGAGGUCUUGACAAAGUUAUUACUAAAUUAAGACUACAGUUAAAUUUAUUAAGAUGUGAAAAAUCCGUACAGAUGCUUCUUGCUCCUUGUUUUCAUUCUCUACCCAUUGUUAAUAUGUCAGGUCAUGCUUUAGAGAAUCUUUCUAAAAGUAAAUUAUUUAUAGGGGUUCCACGUCAGACAAGUUACUAUGUUAUUGUUGAGCUCCACGAGAAGAUAAACAACUCCAUUGAUUUCAAAUAUUAUUUUCUCCAUACCAAACCAUGUACUGCUGAUGGUAAUGAAGAUACUGGAUCUGAUUCGACAGUAAAAUCAUUCCUGAAAGCUGACAAGUUUCUUGAAAUACAUAUCAAUUCUGUUAUAAAAGAUAGUUUGAGCAGAAAGAGAAAAUUAUUAGGAGAAGGAGAUGAACCAGAUAUUAAAAAAGUAAAAGGAUCACCUUAUUUUAUACCAGAAUUGACAUAUCUCUUGGCUUCGGCAGAAGAAAAAAUUCCAUUUGUACAUCUUGGAGAAGAACUGGAAAGACAAAAUAUAUCUCAUGAAGGUAUUCAAAUUGAUGGAGAAGGGGUGUGUAUGGCUUUGGGUAUAUUGGAAUUUCCAAACUGUAUGGGUGUUUCUGAAGAGACUAAUAAAGCUAUCAAGGACAAACUGCUUUCCUGCAAGUUUCACAUCUUGUCUAGAAUAAGAUCAUGGAAUGUUGAGUUUAUCUUUGACCAGUCACCACUUGAGUCAGAGUAUUAUAAAGAAUCUGGAGAUAUUCAGAAAGUGUUCCUCAACUUAGAUUUGAAUAAUGACAAUUAUAAAAAGACAGUCAUUGAUUUAUUAAGAGAAUGGAAUGCAAUUGGUAAUUUGUACAGUUUGGUGAAAGACUUUGCUGACAUUUAUUCUGAUCCAAAAUCAAACUUCCAGUCAACAAUCAAAAUAAAAUCCUACAACUACAAGAAACUUGUGUUGGCUUAUGGUCCAAAAUUUUUGUAUUUGGUAACAAUUCAAUGGAAAGGUGAAGACAAUCUUUUUCAUAUUUCAUUGGGUACAAAUGGACAAUGUGCAACUGGUAAUCCCCAUGUUGUUGUUUCAAACCAUUUGCAGAAGGAUUUGAAUUCUUCGAGAAAUUUAGCUUUUCUUCUACAGAUAUUGCUUGACACGCUCUCUCCAAUGAUAUCAAUGGCUCACCUAAAUACAGUACCUGUAAUUGGCACUUCACAGACCCCAAAAUUAUCUAGUUUAUCAUUCAUUGUUAUUCCUCAAUCAUCUACUCAUCUUAGAAUCAUCUUCAGAAACUUCAACUGUAUAGAUGUUAAUAUUCGUGGUAAUAAGUUAGUUGCUGUCAGGGAUGGAUCGUAUAGCCAUUUUGAUAAUAGUACAGUAGUUGAAGCUCUAACACCAACUCCAGGUUUGAAAACCUUCCUUAAUAUGUUUGUUGAUGAUGCUGCUUUGGGAGGUAGAUCUAGGAGAAGAUCAACAACAGAAGAUGAUAAUCCUCCAUCUCCAAUGGAUACGGUAGAUAUUUUUUCUCAACCAAAUACUGGAUCACCAGCCACAAGACCACCUAAACAAGACUUGACCAGCAACUUUAGGUUUCAGAAUCCUAUGACUCCACCAUCAAACCCUCAUACACCAGCAUCGCCUGGGGCAGCAAGAAUGCCUUCAGGAAUCAACCCAUCACCAUCAACAGCCUUAAUGGGAACUCCAUCUCCAAGUACUUUAUUAACUGGUGAAUCUCCAAGUAAUCCUCAUCUACAUGUUCCUUCUCCUGGUUCCUUAAUUGCUGCACCAUCACCAGGGUCAAUUGGAAUGCACAUGCAUUCUCCAGCAGCAUCAUUUAUGAGUCCAAGUGGAAUGGUAGAGGGUGGUUCACCAUAUCCUGGUUCUAAUUUAGCUAACCCAUCUCCAAGAAAUUGGCCUGGAUCACCUUCUGUUAUGGGAAGUGGACCAUCUCCUGCUUCUUAUCAUGGUGCUACAGCAUCUCCAGGUCACCCAGCACUUCAUUCGCCACAAACAGCUCAGAGCCAGGUUCUUAGUCCACCAUCAAGAAUAUUACCUAGGAAAUCUUGGGCAGCCUCUAUUCCAACACUGUUGUCACAUGAUGCUUUUGACAAGCUUCUGACACCAGUAGUGAUUCCAGGUUCUUCUCCAGUUCUUUUAUCUCCAUUAGAACGAUUCCUUGGUUGUAACUUCCUCAAGCGUCAUCUCAAUAGACUAAUACACCAAGAGCAAGCUUUAACUGUUAUUCCAUCACCAUCAGAACCAGGAGUUCUCAUCUUUAAAGCUGAAUCUCUACAAUAUAUGGUCAAUAUUAUCAUGAACACAUCUGAUCUUCAGACACUGAAUCUUAAAGUAAGUCCAGUUCCUGAAUUCACAGAUCAGUGGACUACUGAAGAAACUCAAAUUAUUGAGAGAUAUUUUGAUGUUAAAGUAGCAUGCUAUCCAUAUAAACUCAACACAAUGUUUGCCUUCGCUAAAAUUCUUAGUGCCCCCUUGCGUAUUUUGAAAGAUUUUGUGCAAAUCAUGAGGCUUGAAUUGAUGCCUGAUCCAAACAUGAAAUGGUCCAUUCAGUGGUGUUUAACCAUUCCUCAUGAUACACCACUAAGUCCACCUCCAGGAACUCCCUGUGUCAUUGUCAAAUCAAAGGUAGUCAUUGUUAUUCAGCUAACUCGUAUUGGAUUAAAUCUACCACCAGGUAAAGAAGCUCAAUCAAUUAAUAUACCAUUAGUGUUUGUUGAUCAAUAUAAUACUGUUAGUAUGUUUAAUUUUGAUAGAGGUCAGAAUAGUCAAAUUGCUAUGUCUAUUAUGGUCAUGUUAAAACGUUUUACUGAAAUGCAUCAAAAUCCAGCUGAAUGUGCUUUAUUCCCUGCUAUAAGAGAACUCAUGACAAAUUUAGUGCUCCCAAUGUAAAUUCUGUAAUUAAAAUUUUCCAAUGAAUUUUGUAAGAAUAAUAACCAUUAUCAAGCUGAAAUGAGUUUACUUUUGUUUUGAUGUUCUGUUUUUUAGGUUAUAUAAUUAAUGGUCAUUCUAUGUUAUGUUAAACGGUAUUUUCGUACUAUGUAUUGUAUAUGUAUAAAAGUAGAAUUAGGAAAUAUACCAUUUUGUAGUGUGAUUUCUAUCAUGAGGAAAUCAAUCUGAAUAAAAUACUUAUUUCAU